AGACAACAAAUGAUUUACUUAAGACCAUCCAUUUGCCAUCACACUGCCCGGCAGUCACCCUUCUUCAACGUUCGUCAUUCCUCUUUUUACUGGGUAUUUUAUUUUGCUCGAAUUUUCCGGCGAAGCCUACAGAUAGACUUCGGGGAUUGAUUGUUAGCAGCUAGCAGCUGGCAGGAUACAACUGUUCAAUUCAAUUUGUUCGAAAUGGCUAGUAAAUCUGAAGCCGAGAGAAGGGAACCUGUCAAUGAGCAAGCAAUUGCCAACUUGUAUGCCUCAAUGAGGACAGAACUGAAUCAAAUUUACUCAAAGAUCACAGAGCUUGAGAUGGAAGUGAGCGAGCAUUCCUUAGUAAUAAACGCUAUCCAGCCGCUUGACCCCUCAAGGAAAUGCUACCGUAUGAUAGGGGGUGUACUGGUAGAAAGAACAAUCAAAGAGGUUUUACCAGCUGUGCAGCGGAACAAGGAAGGAAUCGAGGAGGUAAUCGCCAGGCUCAACGAGGCGUUGGAGAAAAAGAAGAAAGACGUUGCUGAGUUUGAGGCUAAGUAUAAAAUCAGAAUCAGAAAGUCGGAAAAUGAUGUGAAGGAGGACAGUAGCAAGAAAGAAGGUAAUGCUCAGGGCGUUCUUGUAGGUCCGGCUGUUGCUAAAUCGUAGGUUUUUUAUGACCAUUGUCCUAGUGGUUUGCCCUUCGACGUGCUCGUCUGCGUGACAUUUCAAUGUAGUGAGAUUUUUAAGCCUAUAGAUACUUCACUAUAUUGAGACAAGUUACAAACUUUCCCGCCCUUUAGUUCAAAAUUCUGGCUUCGUCUUUACAUCUAUACAUGUUUGUUAAACCAACUAUGUCACCGUUCUUAUAUGUUAACAUCAUCGUCAUUCCAAUGA